CUUCUCGUUGUUGUAUGCCUUGGUGAAUUAACAUUUCAGCUUCGUCGUUGGUGCCUUCGGGAGUUGUCUUCUCGUCGUUGGUGCCUUGGUGAAUUAACAUUUCAGCUUCGUCAUUGGUGCCUUGGGAAGUUGUCUUCUCGUCGUUGGUGCCUUGGUAAAUUAACAUUUCGGCUUUGUCGUUGGUGCUUUGGUAGUUGUGUAUCGUCGUUUCAACUUCAUUAUUGGUGUUUUGAUGAAUCCUUGUUUCAGCUUCAUCAUUGGUGCCUUGGUAAAUCAUUAUUUGGCUUUGUUGUUUGUGCCUUGGCAUUACAACAAGGCUGGUAG